UGAAUAGGUUUUGUCAAGGUCGGUGUAAAACUAAACAAGACUGGAGAAGUGAGAGAAGACUGACCAUCAUGAUUGUCUUGCCUGGAUCGCGGACAGUGGCGAAAGCAUUGGGCAGAGUCAAUUGUGGAGUUGCCCGCCAGACAAUCCGUAAAGCAAGCGGAGAAUGGGGCUACAGAACAACUCAGUCUCAGUGGUCUCUAAGUGAGAAGAUAGCAGUAAAUUUCAUGUAUUUCUCUUUGUUUAGUUGGUUGUUAUAUCGUGGUUACCAUGACUUUUCACAUCAUGUUGUAGCCUCUAAGGAUUACCCCAAGGCAAGUUCAUAUACUGAUGCAGAAUUAGGUAUACCACCCGAUGAUGAGGAACUUGUUGAAGAAGAGUAAACUAUGUAAAAUAUUUAUUUAGAUAUUAGUUGGAUGUAUGCAGAUAUACUUACACAAUUGGCCAUUUAAACUGUAAAAAUAUUGAAAUUUUGAAAAUCAAAUGUAAAAUGGUUUUGAAAUAUGUAUUAAAGUAUGUGAAAUCAAGUGAAG